CCUAGAGAUUUACACAGCGAAGGACAUUACGGGCAGGCGAUGUAAGAGCAUAUUCGAUUUCCCACGGGUCAUGCGCUUGACAUCAUCAUUCAUCGUCCCGAUCGAUAAUAACCUCAAGUACGCGUCCUUCACCGCCAUCAUCGCUCUCCAUCCCUUUCCAUAACAAUGUCCAACCCAAUCUCCGAUCCCUCAACCUGGACCACCGGCCACGACCCCGUAACUGAGAAACAAGCAGCCUUCCUCGCGAAACUCGCCACCGAGAAGGGCGUGGAUGUCGAUACGCAAUCGAUGGACAAAUCUGAGGCGAGUAAGAAGAUCGAUGAGUUGAAGUCUGCGAGUGGUCCAAGUUCCGCCGAACAGGCGGGAGAAGGCCAAGCACCGGCACCAAAGACAAUUUCCGAUCCGGAGCAGUGGACGACGGGCGGUGAUCCCGCAACUGAGCGUCAAAAGCGCUACAUCGCCGUGUUGGAGAGACAAGCGGACGAACAAGUCAAGGUCGAUCCCGACAUGGACAAAACAGAAGCAAGCGAGAAGAUCGAGGAAUUGCGGCAGAAGACCGGUCAAUAG